CGUCAAAGUUUUACUAAAAAAGCUUAAACGGUAACUGAACGGAACUAGUUGGCAAAUGACACGAGAACUCAUGGCAACUCUAAGCACCACGCCUCUCUCUCUACCAGUCCCAGGUCACUCCAACCACCCAAACCCUCCUUCCCCAACCGUCAAUAACGACCGGUAUUUCGCAAACCACCCAACACUUUCACUGAUCAACCAAUGCACCAGCGCAAAGCACCUAAGGCAAGUCCAUGCCCAGAUGCUCCGUACAGGCCUCUUCUUCGACUCUUUCUCAGCCAGCAAGCUCAUCACAGCCGGUGCUCUCUCGCAGUUCUCGAGCCUCGACUACGCUCGCCAAGUGUUCAACCAAAUUCCCCAACCAAAUCUCUACACUUGGAACAUCAUCAUUCGCGCUUAUGCGUCAAGCCCCGAUCCUAUUCAGAGCCUCUUAAUCUUUCUGCAGAUGCUUCAUCAGUGUGAGCAUUUUCCAGAUAAAUUUACUUUUCCUUUUGUGCUUAAGGCGGCUUCGGAGCUUAAGGCUUUUCGGGUUGGGAGAGUGUUUCAUGGGAUGGUGAUCAAAGCGUCGCUUAGUUCGGAUGUAUUUGUUCUUAAUUCGCUUGUGCAUUUCUAUGGUUCGUGUGGGGAUUUGGAUUUAGCGUAUGGUGUGUUUAUGAAGAUUCCGAGGAAAGAUGUUGUCUCUUGGAAUUCUAUGAUCACGGCUUUUGUACAAGGAGGUUGUCCCGAAAGGGCGCUGGAGUUGUUUAGGGGAAUGGAGAAGGAGAAUGUGAAGCCGAAUGAUGUGACGAUGGUGGGUGUUCUUUCAGCUUGCACCAAGAAGUUAGAUUUGGAGUUUGGGAGGUGGGUGUGUUCGUAUAUUGAAAGGAAUGAGAUUAGUGUGGAUUUGACUUUGAGUAAUGCAAUGCUUGAUAUGUAUUGGAAAUGUGGGAGGAUUGAAGAUGCAAAAAGAUUGUUUGAUAAUAUGCUAGAGACAGAUAUUUUCUCUUGGACAACAAUGCUUGAUGGAUAUGCUAAGUUAGGGGAAUAUGAUGUGGCUCGGCGUGUUUUUGAUGCAAUGCCUUGUCAAGAUAUCGCUGCGUGGAAUGCCCUCAUUUCAGCUUAUGAACAGAAUGGUAAGCCAAAGGAGGCCUUAGCUGUAUUCCGUGAAUUGCAGCUCAGAAAGGAUGCAAAACCGGAUGAGGUCACUCUUGUUUGUACUCUAUCAGCUUCUGCUCAGUUGGGAGCUAUGGAUUUAGGCAGAUGGAUCCAUGUGUACACAAAGAAGCAGGGGAUUAGAUUAAAUUGUCAUCUCAUGACCUCGCUCAUUGACAUGUACUCUAAGUGUGGGGAUGUAGAGAAGGCACUCGAGGUGUUUUGCUCAGCAGAGAGAAAAGAUGUGUUUGUUUGGAGUGCCAUGAUUGGUGGUCUGGCAAUGCAUGGGCGGGGAAGGGCUGCAAUAAAUUUGUUCUCAAAAAUGUUAGAAGCUAAGGUCAAGCCCAAUGCUGUGACUUUUACGAACGUAUUAUGUGCUUGUAGCCACACUGGAUUAGUAAACGAGGGACGGACCUUAUUCUAUCAGAUGGAGACAGUUCAUGGGGUUGUGCCUGAAGACAAGCACUAUGCUUGCAUGGUUGAUAUUCUUGGUCGUUCAGGCCUUCUGGAAGAAGCUGUCGAAUUGAUAGAAAAAAUGCCCAUGGCUCCUACUGCUGCUGUAUGGGGGGCUCUGCUUGGGGCCUGUAGGCUUCAUGGGAAUAUUGAGCUUGCUGAACAGGCUUGUAGCCGUUUGCUUGAGUUGGACCCUAGAAAUCAUGGAGCAUAUGUGCUUUUAUCAAACAUAUAUGCUAAAACAGGGAAAUGGGAUAGAGUUUCAGGGUUAAGGAAGGUCAUGAAAGAUUCUGGACUAAAGAAAGAACCGGGUUGUAGCUCAAUUGAGGUCAAUGGUAUUGUUCAUGAGUUUCUGGCUGGUGAUAAUUGCCACCCUCUAUCCAAGGAAAUCUACUCCAAGUUGGAUGAGAUUGCAUCAAGAUUGAAGUCAAUUGGUUAUGUGCCAAACAAGUCCCACGUCCUGCAACUUAUUGAAGAAGAAGACAUGAAGGACCAUGCCCUCAGCCUUCACAGUGAGAAGUUAGCAAUUGCCUUUGGGCUUAUUAGUAUGGUCCCAUCACAACCAAUUCGGGUUGUGAAGAAUCUUCGUGUUUGUGGGGACUGCCACUCUGUUGCUAAGCUUAUAUCCAGGCUUUAUGGUAGAGAGAUACUUCUGAGAGAUCGUUAUCGAUUCCAUCAUUUUAGGGGAGGACAUUGCUCAUGUAUGGAUUAUUGGUGAAUAUGAGAAGCAUUGGCCGCAAA